CUCCUUUGCGAUUGCCCCUCUGCUGUUUUGUUUCCGUUUCUUCCAUUUCCGUUUUAAAGUUUUCCAGAUUCUAAGUUUCAGAGUAUAUUUAAAUCGACAUUUAAAUCAGUUAUUCAUUGAAUUGUGUUUCUUACAGUCAGUAUAAAUUGUGUAUUUCAUGAGACCGACCCCCGUUUUGCGCGUGCCUCGCCCCUCACAUAACAUCGCUAAAAAAAUAUGCUGGAUAGCUAGCAUUGUAUUGCUACAGUAUUGUACAGCUAUGCUACACGUAUAAUUAACAUUCUUACCGAUAUAUCUUAGAAGUGUUUGCUUUCAGAGGAGUUAAAAUUGAUUAAAUUUAUGUAAUGAUUUAUCAACUAAUGGCCUACAGUAAGGCCUAUGCUUUGGAAAGGCCUCGCCCUCGCGUUAGUACUUUAGCUCGCACAUAACUCUCUGCCGCCCAAUGAGAAACCGAGGCUCCCUCAACUGGGUGAUUCUCAUGAAUCCAGUUUUAAAAUGUUUAGGAAAUUGAGUUACAAAACCAUAAUUCAUCUUCAAAAAUGAAGUUUCAUUCUGAGGACUAGAUGUUUAGAUUUUGGAAAGUGUUUUAUAUUAAAUAAAUGUUACAUUUGACCUGAAUUUUGUAAAAUUUCACCUCAAAUUCUCAUUACUGAAAUGCGUCUGGAUUAAAUUCUUUAGAAAAACCGAAUUUAUUUGAAUAAACCCCAAAAUAUAUUGCAGUAGUUUGUACAUAAAUCAUAAAAAUGUUACACUAGUUGAAGUUUACAUGAAAUUAUAAUAUUUAUUACAUGCAAACAGUAUUUGUGGACAUGUCUCAUUACAUAACACUUUUUAAAGUAAAGCUUUAUUCACCCAUGAUGCAUCAUCUAGAGGAGUAGUCCUUAGAUGAGCACAAGUUUUAAGUGAAUAUAUAUGCCUUCAGAAUGAGGUUAUUAUUCUCACCCCACUUGGCCUUCUCAUUACCGAAACAGCUAAAGAGCUAAAAUGUCCAGUGUUAUGCUUUACUCAGGCCUCAUUAGGUUGAAUCUUGGGGUACAGCAAUGUCUAAAAGUGAGACAGAGGAGAUGAUAGAGAUUGAGAUCGACGGACAGGAGAAACAGGAGUGCCUGGAGGAGGGGGUUGAGGAGCAGACCAUUACAUCAGCCGAUCUGAUCCAACAGGACAUCGACAUCAAUGAGCCAAUCGGUAACCUGAAGAAGCUCCUUGAGCCCCGUAUCCAGAUGUCAUUGGAUGGAUAUGAAAUCUGUCUACAGGACAUCCAGCUGCAUCCAGACCACAGCCUCUUUGAUCAAGGAGUGAAGACAGAUGGCACAGUGCAACUCAGUCUACAGAUCAUCACCAAACCAGGCGAGGAGAAGCUGAACAUCCUGGAGAUCGUGAAGCCGGUGGAGACGGUGGAGGUGGUGAUCGACCCGGAUGCUGCAGGGGAGGAGGGCACCCUGAUGGAGGAGGGCCAGCUGAUUGCUGUGGAGCACUCCUCCCUGUCAGAUGACACCUCAGAGCAGGUGACACGCUGGGCCGCCGCCCUGGAGGGCUACCGCAAGGAACAGGUCCGUCUGGGGAUACCCUACGACCCAGAACAGUGGACGGCAGACCAGGUGAUCCACUGGGCCGUGUGGGUGAUGAAGGAGUUCAGCAUUGACGAGAUGGAGGUGGGAGGGAUUCACAUCCCGGGUCGCGACCUCUGCUCCUUCACCCAGGAAGAGUUCCUGCAGAGGGUCCCUAGUGGAGAGAUCCUCUGGAGCCACUUGGAGCUUCUCCGCAAGUAUGUGUUGGCCAGUCAGGACCAGUCUGGCCAGGAGGCCACAGUCACCAUUGACCAACAAGUCCAGAUCAUCCCAGCUGCUGUGCAGACCACACCCACCACCAUCAAGGUACUGAAGCAGAACCGCGGCCCCAGAACACCCCGCAUCUCAGGAGGAGAGGAGCGCAGCUCACCUGGCAACCGCACAGGUAACAACGGUCAGAUCCAGCUGUGGCAGUUCCUGUUGGAGCUGUUGACGGAUAAGGAUGCUAGAGACUGUAUCUCCUGGGUGGGAGAGGAGGGAGAGUUCAAACUCAACCAACCUGAACUGGUGGCCCAAAAAUGGGGCCAACGCAAGAACAAGCCCACCAUGAACUAUGAGAAACUCAGCCGAGCGCUCAGGUAUUACUACGACGGGGACAUGAUCAGCAAGGUGCAGGGCAAGCGCUUCGUCUACAAGUUUGUGUGCGACCUGAGGACUUUGAUUGGCUACAGCGCUGCCGAGCUCAACAACCUGGUGACGGAGUGUGAGCAGAAGAAGCUGGCCCGCAUUCAGCUGCACGGGAUUGGCCAGCCCAUCACCACAGUGACACUGGCCACCUCAGCACAGGACAGCUGAGGGGGCAGGGGCAUGGGGCUCCCUGACUGCCCCAGGUAGAAGUUGCCCAUUGGCACAAAUCUAGGAUCAGAUUACUGUGACCAGCCCUAAGCUUUACCAUUAAUAGGUGGAAAUGAUGAACAGACUUUAGAUCCAUGUCUAUGGGCAACUUCGUCCUUCUCCUUUUGGUUUGAUUGGGGAGGUUGUUUUCUUAUUUUAACCAGGGAAGAGAUGCUUGUUGGAGGGAGUGUGUGUGUGUGUGAGUGAGAGAGAGAGAGAGAUGGGGAGUGUGUAUGCUGGAAAAUCAAAUGAGCUUUGCAUUUUUUGUUCCUUUAUCUGUAGCUUAGUAUAGUUUCCAUUGUAUAUACCGGUACUCCAUGUUUUUGAUAGCCACAAGGGCAGUGUAUUUUCAUAUUUUCCAUUUAUAAAAGGAUCAGUUUUGUAUUUUAUUUUAAGCUUUUUUCCCCCUAAUGAGUUGGACCUUUAUUGUCCACCAGGGGAAAUAAAGUGGCAGAUGUUUUCCUAA